AUGAACAAAGACGCAGCUGAAACUUGCAUGUUCUUUGUCGAUGACUCCAACAUUUGGAUCGAAGCCCAAAAGUUCGCUGCCGUGCGCGACAACCACGUGCCAGGUUUGAGCGACAGUGACCGUGAUCCCCGUCUUCGAAUCGACGUCGGAAAGUUGAUUCGUGUGAUCCUCAACGGCCGCAGUCAGGGCCCUUCGUAUCUUUAUGGCUCGCGCCCGCCACCUAACGAUUCAGUGUGGAACGUUUUCAAGAAGAGCCAGUUCCUGACCAAGAUCUAUGAUCGUUCCAAUGGCAAGGAAAAGGAGGUCGACACGGCCAUGUCGGUGGACAUGAGCUCCGAGGCCACCGAAAUCAGCGUCAUGGCCAAGUUUGAUUGCAUAUCCAGAUCGAAAAAGGCGCAGACGACGUUCAUCGCCAUCACCGGAGAUCGCGAUAUGAUUCCGCCCGUCAAGAAGGUGUUGGCAUACAACAUCCAUGUCGAGCUUUGGGCCUGGAGUUCGGGAAUAUCAAAAGACUACUACCGUCUCCAGGCCGAGAACGAAAAGCUGCUCACCGUGAAGCAUCUCGACUGGAUAUUCGACAAUAUUUCAUUUACCAAUUUCCGCUCGACCCGGCAGAAGAACUCUGAAUCGUUUAAAUCAGUCGUGCUAUGCAACAUUAUUAUGCUAGACGGGGAUGACGUCGAGUCUUGCGUCUGUGAAAAGCUGAUCACUCUGGGCCGCUUGUUCUACACUACGCAAUCCGAAACGAAGACGGAAAUGUUUGUAGAGUUCCCCAUGGUCACUAACAUGGAUAUUGUCGUCCAAGAGGUGCGGAAGCUAUUUAAGGAUCAGUUCAUGGUCAUGUCAUGGCCAGAGUACUCUAGCCGUUUCCAGUUAGACGUGCCAGUCACGAAAACCAGCAACAUGUAUUCGCCACUAGAUGAUAUUACUUGUUCGGGGGCGCUCGGUGUCAAAUCCAGGGAAAAAGAAACAACUGGCACUACCGUGCCUGACCAGAGCAAGGAUCGACUUGGGGAGGAUGAAGGGAGACAGGAUGCCAACAACACUGAUGACUCUACGGGCUGGACGACAGUGGAACGGUCGGACACGAAGAGCUACUAUCGUCGCAUUCUGCGCACCCAGAAAUGUAUUAGCGGCAUCCGUUGCAAAAAGGCCGGCUCGUGCGGUUAUCAGCACACGAACACGGAGCGAAACCUGUUUCUGACUUACUCAGGCUCUAGUAUUAAUUUGGUCAAGUGGAAAACGAAGGAGUGCAAAAAGACCUUCCCACACAUCACCAAAGAGUGCCCGUUUGCCCACUCGCAUGACGAAGCAUGGUGCCUUGUAUGCCAACACGAGGGCCACUUUACAGACAGUUGCCGAUAUAGGACGUAA